AUGACCACGUCAGUAAAGACGGAUCGAAAGCGUCUCAGAGAAGAUGCGAUAGCCUAUUUGGGAGAAACUGGUCUCCUCUGUCGGAAUCAGCCCAGGACAUCGAACACGAAAGAUCUAGCCACGAUCAAUGAACAGACUUUGCAGAAGUUGUGGGCUGCCAUCCUGGAUAUCUCGUCAGAUAUGAUUGAUUCUCAGAGUAACUGGAUUGACCUUGGUGCAGAUUCAUUGUUGACCAUCAAGCUUGUCGACUGUGCAUCUCAGGAGGGUUUGUUGAUAAGCAUCCAAGACGUGCUCCAAAAUCCAAAUCUAGCCGCCCUGGCAACUGUCGCGAAGCUUGGUAGUGUCCCCACCCGACAGGAAGCCUUGGAGCCCUUUACAUUGCUAGGCGAUGAUCAAAUCGCACGACAGAAGAUCAUACAAAACGUCUUGAGCCAAUAUGACCACCUGGGAACUCCAAUCACAGCCAUUCAAGACAUAUAUCGCUGCAUCGAUGAUCAAGCCCAAUCAAUCCAUCUUUCGGCCAACAGGAAGGGCAAUCUUACAAUGCAAAUUGAAUUUACGGAAUCGGACCCGGAGCAGUUCUGCAACGCAUGGUGCAUGAUGGUGCAAGAUACCCCCAUUCUCCGCACUGAGAUAGUGGAGAUUGAGGACCAUUACUUCCAGGUGGUUAUGAAGACUGAGGCACCCGUCAUUGUUUGUCCGUCUAGGCCCCCACACGGGACUGAUAUCUGGGGUUUCAAGAAACCACUGGUGCAGUUGAUCUGGGAAGCGGAUUCCGAUCGUUUUACGAUCUUGUUUCACCACGUCCUUCAUGAUGGCUUCUCACUUGAGCUUUUCUUACAGCGGCUAGAAGCGGCAUACGAGGGAAACCGCUCUCCUUCAACUUAUCCAUAUAAUUUGUUUCUGAAAUGGACAUCGGAAAUCGGCCCAUGUGUCGACGAGUUCUGGAAAAAGAGAUUUGCGACCUACGAUGCUUCACGCGACAUUUUCCCCCCAUUGCCCUGUCCUGAGUAUGAACCCCGAGGCUCGAGCAUGCUUGAAAAGAAAGUCAAAAUGCCCCAACACUCGACGCACCGGACAACCGUCGAAUCUAAGCUUCGACUAGCUCUGGCAGCCGCAGUUGCUUAUGCGACGAAUGACCAGGACGUUGUUUUUGGUAUCCAUAUUGCCAGACGUGAUGCGCCUCUGCCAGGGAUUGCACACAUUUCCGGUCCUACAUCGGCGUCACUACCUGUGCGCAUCCAGCUGCAUGAGGGGGAGACUUUGCAGGAGGCACUAGAUGCAGUGCACACCCAAGCUCUGGAAAGCAUUCCUUACCAAUGCGCAGAGCCGAGUCAUAUUAGCACUCUCAGCUCGGGAACCAAAGCAGCUUGUCAGUUCCGAACGAGCCUUAUGCUCCUGCCGGAGUAUAGCAACACUAGAUCUGAUCGUAUCGCCAAAUGGCAAUUUCACGAGCCGGGAUUCUACUACUGGAGUCUCUGCUUUGUGGCUCAAGUUGAACGUGGGGGCAUUGUCAUUUGGGCAUUUUUUGAUGACGAGAUGGUAGCCGCUUCGCAAGUCCAGGGUAUGCUUGAUCGCAUGGGGACAGUUCUUGAUCUUAUUGAGCAAAAGCCGGAAACCCGCAUUGGCGGAAUCAGCUAA